GAAAAAAUCACUUCCGGUGACAGGACGUGUAAUUACUUUUUCUCGAUUUCGCAAAAAAAAAUUCAGAAAUUCUUGACAGUAUGACACGCAGGAGUCCAUCGUCCCAAGAGAAUUGGCGGAGCAUGUCGUCGCGUCAUAAAAAUAAACACGGACGACGCUACGCGUUGUCGACAAGAGCUCAGGCAGUAUUGUCGACGGUCCUAGAGGAUAUCCUCGAGAAGAUGCUGGAUGAUGCGAAGAAGAUAGCCGAGGAUGCUGGGAAAGGACGCAUGUCCUUGGAAGACAUAGAAAAGGCCUUAAAGAGACUCUGCCAAUGGUUUCAUCCGCAAGGAUCGAUCGCUGCCAAGGACAAUAAAUUACACAAGCAAUCGAACAAGUGAUGCGUCAUGGGUAAAUUUGCCGAAAUAAAUGUCAAAGUAAAUCUGUCAAUGUGAACUACUCACUU